UGUCUCGAGGAGUGGGGAGACUCGUGCGUAGAUUCAGGUGGAUCCCGCAACAACACCGAUGGGAACAGAACCGGCGAGAACAGAACCGGGAUAAUUAGCUCCGCCGAACUCUACUUCAGGAAAAUAGUGCUAAAGGAGAAGCAGACGAUCGAGGAUGGUAUCGGGUUGCCGGAUUGGAAGCUGACGGUCUGCUUGCUGGUCGCGUGGGCCUGCAUAUUCGCGGUGCUGGCGCGCGGCGUGAAGAGCUCGGGAAAAGCGGCCUAUUUCCUCGCGCUCUUCCCUUACGUCAUCAUGAUCAGCUUGCUGAUCAGAGCGGCGAGCCUGGACGGCGCCGUUAACGGGAUCGUUUUCUUCAUCAAGCCGGAUUGGGGGAAGCUGUUCGAUGCGAACGUCUGGUACGCUGCUGUCACACAGUGCUUCUUUUCGCUGUCGGUGUGCUUCGGUGGUGUCGUCAUGUACUCGUCCUACAACGACUUUAGACACAAUAUAUACAGAGACGUGAUAGUAGUGACCACCUUGGACACGUUCACCAGCCUCAUGGCGGGUUUCACCAUUUUCGGUAUCCUCGGGAAUUUGGCUCACGAGCUCGGCAUAGAAGACGUCAGCAAAGUCGUUCGGGGCGGAACCGGUCUCGCCUUUGUCUCCUAUCCGGACGCCAUCGCCAAGUUCACCGUUCUGCCGCAGUUGUUCUCGGUGCUGUUUUUCCUCAUGCUUUACGUGCUCGGCAUUGGAAGCGCUAUCGCUCUGGCGGGCUCGCUUAUCACCAUCAUCAGCGAUCAGUUCCCAAACUGGAAGCACUUGUACGUGGUCCUCGGCACGGUCACCUUUGGCUUUUCCGUCGGCACCGUUUACUGUACACCCGGUGGACAAUUCAUUUUGGAGCUGGUGGAUUUCUACGCUGGCUCGUUCGUCGUGUUCAUCCUGGCCACUUUGGAGAUAACCGGCAUCUUCUGGGUGUACGGAUUGGAGAAUUUCUUGGACGACGUGGAGUUCAUGUUGAAACGAAGGCCGUCGGUGUACUGGAGGCUCUGUUGGGCCGUCAUCACCCCUCUUCUGCUGGCUGUGAUUCUGCUGUAUACCCUCGUCUCUUUGCGACCCUUGACUUACAGCGGUAUUCCAUAUCCCGACAGCGCGCACGCCGUCGGAUGGAGCUUAUGCGCUAUCGGCGUACUGCAGAUUCCUUUCUGGCUGAUUUACACCGUAAUGUCCAACAGAGACCUGAAGCUGCCCGAGAUGAUCAAGUCAGCAUUCAGGCCCUCCCCGGAAUGGGGACCUAAGAACGCCAAACAGCUGACCUCCUGGCGCGAAUUCAAGGAAACCAGACGGAAAAUACGCGAGAAACGAGAAUGCUCGAGGAUCAAGCAAUUCGUUUAUGUGAUACUCUGCUGGGAAGAUAAGCUUGUGUGACGAGAAGUCUUGGAGUCAACCAUUGGAGCAGUUAGCGAUGGUAGAACAGUUUUGGAAAUGAACGAUGCCAAUUUCUUUUUUUUUUUUUUUCUAAACUGCACAUACUCAACUUACAAGGGGUGUAAAGCAUUGAUUUUGAAGUGUUCGAGUUAGCUUCAGUUAAAGUUAGCACGAGUUAUCGAAGAUGAAAAGAUGGAUGCUUUCUUUCUUAGCUUCUUCGUUCGUCUUCCAAAGAUUCGUUCCUACUCGUUCGGUAUUCCGUCCUGUAAAUAGUUCUUAUUGUUAGACGUAGACCGUCCCAUUCUCGAUGUUUCAUCCUUUAUCGCUCGUACGUUUUAUACUCUUAGACUGAAAAGAAACGGCUUUCCGAAGGAAACGUACAAUUCAUCGCGGUGGAACAAUUUUGUUUCUUUUCGUAGCGCCACGAAGCACAGUAUUAUCCAUAAAAUCGAGUAUCGGCGUAGCUUGAACGAUCAACGUUACGCUACUGCCACUAAAAGUAUUUAAACUCCUUCUGUUAUUUAUUAAUAGAGUCUGCCUUGUAAAUGCCUACGAUACGCUUUCGAUAGCAUUUAUUAAAAACGUGCCACGUUUCGCGUAAUAUAAGUCGCUAUAGAAAUGUAACAAAUCGUUGAAUUACGCUUGCGAUACUCGACGCGACCGCUUCUCCGGUGUGCAGAUAUUUCAAUCAUUCAUAAUCCAAGAAAUUCCGAUCGUCGACGUACCCCUCUUCCUCUUCCUCUUCUUCUUCGUGUUUCGUCAACACGGAUGUUUCGUCUUCCAAGUCCUGUUUAUAGAGUAAUAUGUGUGUUAGCAGUAGUUGCACCAUAGGUACGCGAAGCAAUUUAUAUAAUAAAAUAGAAAAAUCAUA